UGAAAUGCAGGCAGCCCUCACGGGUCAGCUCUUGGGGCAAUUUUGACUGGGCUUACAGGACCGAGACUUGUGGACCACCACGAGGAGUACCCAAGAGCCACAGUGGGGGCCCCCGAAAGGCCCACUUUUGGGGGCACAGCGCUGCCCUCCUACAAGAACCUUCCCGGAGUGCUGCUUCUUUCUUCUUCCUCCAGGUCCCAACCCAAAGACGAUGUCAAGCUCCCUGAAUAUCUGGAGCAGGGACAGAAGGGCAGACCCGUCUCCUCUGGUCCUUCUGCACGAGGAGGGCCCCCCUCCGGAGCCCCAGACCAGCGGGUGGCCAGUGAUGGUCAGCUUGAUGGGCGGGGGACUGCUGUGCGCAGCCUCCGGCCUGGUCCUCCUCAUCGUUGCCACGGCGACUGACUUCUGGAUGCAGUACCGCUACUCGGGCAACCUCAGCAACCAAGGGCUGUGGCGGUUCUGUGUGGGCGGCAAGUGCCACCCCCACACCAUCACCCUCGCCUUCUGGGAUGCCACCCGGGCCUUCAUGCUGCUCUCCAUCCUCUCCUCCUUUGCGGGGAUCAUCUUGGGACUCACCGCCUACUCCAGCGGUGCCCGGUCCGCCCGUAUCCGCUCUGCGGGGAUCGCGCUGAUGAUCGCAGGUCUCUUAGCCUUGUUGGGCGUCUCGGUGUACACAGGCGUGACGGUGAAUUUCUACGGCAAGCGGUACGCCGAAUGGCGCUUUUCCUGGUCCUACAUCCUGGGCUGGAUCGCUGUCAUCCUGACCAUCUCUGCAGGUGUCUUCCACAUCUGUGCCGUCCCCAGGAUUUCGUCCCCAGACAGCUCCAACGUGGCAAGUGCUUAACUGUCUGCCAUCCUGGUGCCUGGAUCCAUCCCCACCCUGUCCAGAAGCAGAAUAUCCCCUCGCGCUCAUCUGUCUGGCUCUCUGCCCCUUCCCUCAGGUCCUCUCCCCUGCUUCUCUUUCAGGACUGACUCAGCGACAAGAACAAGGAAAAAUAUCUGGAACGUUGAUGGCGAAAUGCUGGCAGAAACCUACUGCUUUCGCCUGUCCUUGCCAUCUUGACUGGAGCACUGGUCGAAACUCCCACACGUGUCCUGCCUCCCACAUGAGCUCUUGCAUUUUCAUUGAGAACCAAUGAGUCAAAAUGGCAAGGAAGCCGAUUUAGGCUAGCCAUUAGGAAGAAUUUCCUCACUGGACCAGCGGUUGGACAGUGGAACAGUCUGCCUCAUGCAGACUCCUCCACUGGAGGUUUCUCGACAGAGUCUGGAUGGCCACCUGUCAGGGAUUCUGGAGCAGAUUCCUGCACUGAGCCGCGGGGGUGGACUAGAUGUCCUCCAGGGUCCCUUCUAGCGCUAACAUUCUGUGACUGUACACCCAGACAAUUGCUCCCUCCUCUGCUAGGCAGCUCAUAAAGCUCAGCCUCCCUGUUUCCUGCUUGCUCUCAGUGCCAGCCAGAGCAGUUGGGAUGGAGGUGGGGUUGAAGUCACACUCCCAGGGGUCGAGAAAGUAAGGAGUGUAGUUCAGCCACACUGGCAUUCUUGUACCUGUGCCGGAGUGUGGUUUAGCGUCCAUUUUCCUCCUCUGCCUUGCUCGGUGUGUGAGUCUGCUUUUGUGCCACACAUCCACUAGGGGGCAGCAGCUACCAAGGGGCUGACCAUGGGCAGCUCUUGUGCAAUCAUGCGUGGGUGCGCACCACCAAUGCAUUUGCUGAUGUUCACAGGGCUUUUGGCAGAAGGAAAGGGCAGAGGGAGGACAGACAGUGCGCGUCAGGCUCUCCUGAAACUUCACCGUCAGUUUUCUCCGUCAUCCUAGUUGUGGACAGCUCAUAGUAUUGUGAAAUAUUCUUCAGUGAGGCUUUCUCUAGAGAACAACAACUGGUCUCCACUGUCAGGACCACUGACCCAGAGGAGACCCUAUCAAAGGAGGAGGAGGAGGAGGAGUGCCCCUUAGCAGUGUGCAUGGACGGUUCGGCGCUGAAUCCUCAAACCAGGCCGGUUCGGCAGUUGGAUCGCGGACUGAACCGGGGCGGUUUGGCGAUCGAAGCGAACCAACCCCAGUUUGGGCGGACCAGUUAGGCACUGAACGGGCCGCUGGCGGAGGUGGGGCGGCGAUUUGAUUCGAUGUUGAUUCGCCCCACGUUCAGAUUGCAUGUUAGCGUGACAAUAAACAGCAUGUGGAACCAUAGAGGGCAAGGAGCUGCAGUCCAAAACC